UAUUGCACACCGAGCUCAGAGCCCAUUGCCAUGUCAUCCCCUGCAAUGAUCUAUACUCCACUUCCAUAUUCCACAGCCAAAGAACUUUCCGACUCCGGCGUCGCCACCGCGGCUUUCCCCUUCAAUUACAUCGCCUGCAAACCCACCGCCGCCGCAGCCGAGGACGAUGACAACGAGGCCGCGGACGAGGCACAGAUCCCAACCAUCGAUUUCUCCUUGCUUUCGGGCAGGAACCCAGAUAAUCGUGCACAGAUUGUCCGUGAGCUUGGCCGUGCUUGCGAGGAGUGGGGAUUCUUCACUGUUUCGAACCACGGCGUGCCAGUGGAGCUGCAAAAGGCGAUGAUGGACGCGUGUGCAGGGUUCUUUGAUCUGACAGCGGAGGAGAAGCAGGAUUAUAUGGGGCGGCACGUGCUGGAUCCGAUCCGGUUUGGGACGAGCUUCAAUUCAAAGGUGGAUGAUGUGCAGUACUGGAGAGAUUUUCUUAAGGUUUUCCAGCAUCCGGUUUUCCAUUACCCUACGAAGCCUACCAUUUUCAGAGAGGUAUUGGAGGGCUAUUCUAGACAUAUAAGACAGCUCGGUAAAGAUCUUCUUAACGCAAUAUGGGAAAGCCUUGGGCUAGAGGAGAAUGAUAUGCAGGAGGCCUUAAGCCUUAAGUCUUGCUUUCAAAUUCUAGUGGCAAACUUUUACCCUCCAUGCCCAAAGCCAGAGCUCGCAUUGGGCUUGCCUGCUCACUCGGACCACGGCCUUGUCACAGUUCUCAUGCAAAACGGGACAGAUGGGCUUCAAGUGAUGCACAAUGGAAAAUGGUUAGGCGUGAAGCCCCUCCCCAACUCUUUCCUUGUCAACAUCGGUGAUCAUAUGGAGAUAGUCACCAAUGGAAGGUAUAAGAGCGUGUUGCAUAGGGCAAAGGUAAACAACAAAAGCACUAGAAUUUCAGUGGUGACUGUGAUUGGGCCUUCGCUGGAUGCUGUUGUUGUUCCUGCGCCAAUUUUGGUUGAAAGUCAGAAACAUCCUGCUGCGUUUCGUGGCAUCAAAUAUAGAGAUUUCAUGGAGCAUCAACAAAGCAACAAGUUAACGGGUAAGUCUGUUCUUGAUCUCCUUCGCUUGUAAGAGCACAGAUGCUUAAGG